AGAUCACACUAAGCAUCAUCAAUUACGUUGUAUAUAAGGAAAAUUCAAAAUUAAAAAAUGGCUAAAAUGUUUUUAUUGAUAUUUACAAUUACCAUAAUUGUUGGCAGCAAUGCUGAUUCUCAAGUGGAAAGAGCAGUAAAUUUUUUAUUAAUAAAAUGCGGUGAAAUUGAACAUUUUAUAGAACCAGUUAAAACUGAUAUUAAAAGACGUAGAGAAAAUGUGGCUUUAGAUGCUAAUAAAGGUCACAAUUUAAAUAGGGAGUGUGUACAGGCGAUAAAAGAAAACAAUGAUAGAAUUAAUCAUCUUCUUAAUGACAAAACGCUAAAAAUUUCUGAAUUGGAAAGAUAUGUUAGUGAAAUUCGAACAUAUGUUGAAGAUGUAAAAAAUAGUCAUGAAAGAUAUGUAAAGCAACAUAAAGAAGCAAUACUUCAAACAAUCCAUGGAAAACAAAAUGAAAUAAUCAAUAAACUAAAUUUUGCAAAAAGAUUGAAUAUUAGAUUUGUUACUGAUUUGGCAACUCCACAUCAACAGUUUGUCUUUAUUCAAAAUUGUUAUAAUAAUUGAAGGAAAUGGGAAUAUUUCUUUUAUUAUAUAAUUAACUAUAUAAUAUAAUAAUAAUAAUAAUAAUAAUAAUUUCCUAUUAUAAAAUAAUAAUUAUUUUAAUACAAAUAUUUUUAUAAUAACUUUAUAAUAACAAAUAAAAAUAAUGUUUUCUAUUAAAUAUAAUAUAGUUUAGAAAAAUAAA